AUGUGUUUAAAAUAUGCAAUAUAGUUUUGUGCAAUAUAUGCGCGUGAAAUUCGCUCAAAUGCCGUGCGUUUUACACGAUUUAAUCGCGUUGUAUUCAGUGGCAAAAUAUACACAUAUAAAUUUGUGAAAGACGCAUGAGAAAAUGGCGGCGUCUUCAGCUACGGCUGCAGCGGCAGCCUCAGACGAGUGUAAAGACGACGAUGCGCUAAGCUCCACAUUGCGUUCCUGUGCAAAUGAUCCCGAUUUUGCAGUGAUUUGUGCGUUUUUGCAAAAAUUUGCUAAAGAUUUGGGCAUUACAUUGCCGAGUUUUAAGCAUUUGCAGGAGUGGUUGACAAACAAUGAUGAAGUGGCCGAUCAACUACGCGAUCUUCAUAUCAAGCUUUUGCGCAAAACACGCAAAACGGUGCACGAGAAGAGCUGGGAAUCAGCGCUAAGCAAGUUCUGCUUCAGCUAUUCGGUGCAGGAUGCUUGGGAAAUUGAGCGCUUUGGCUAUAAAAACUCUAGCCUGAAGGUCAAGCUACGCAUAUUUCGCGAACUACUCGAGAGUCAAUUUGAGCGCAAUGCUAAGUUUAGAGCCCACAUACUGACGCUCAAUGCUGAUGCACUGCGGGCACAGCCAAUUGGAAGAGAUCGCCUGGGCCACUCGUAUUGGCUAACUCAGGACGAUGAUUGCAAUUUGCGUAUCUAUCAGGAGCACCUGGAUGAAGAAAUAUGGCAGGUGGUGGCCACCAAUCGGGAUGAAUUUGUAAACCUCAUCGCGCGCUUGCGCGGCAAUGAAGUUGUGCUGCCCUCCAAAGAUAUUGGGGAAGCAGAUGAGGACACAAGUAGUAGCAAUAGUUGUCAUGUUCCCGUGCAGAAGCCGCCGCCACCAGAAGAGAAGGAAGACGACUCGCUAGAGGAUGAGACAACGGCAAAGGUGCCCAAUUUAAAAAUUAAGCUGCGCACGCCUAAUUCAGACAGUCCCCGAAUUACGGAAGAAUCUGAAACUGUGGAAGAUAAAAUCAAAAAGGUCAAGCCCCUACUUAUAACACACGCCAAGUUAAGUGGCUCGCCAGCACCGGCAGCUCAAAAGAAGCGUUCCCACGACGAUGUGGACAGCAGUCCAACAUCGCACGAAGAUCAGCAAAAGAAGCAACGCCCUACGCUGCUGGACACGAAACGAAUCAAAAAGCCGAGUCGCUAUGAGAGCACAAAAUCAGAGGACGAAAACGAGCAGGAGUCGGGAGAGGAAAGUGAUGAAUCGGAGCUGGAUGAAGACGUUAAUGACGAAGAGGACGAUGAUGAAGAUGUCGAUGGCGAGGAGGAAGAGGACAUUGAUAGCGCAGCCGCUGAGAAUGAUGAAAAUGAAGACAAUGACAUUGAAGAUGAAGGCGACGAAGACGAUGAUGAUGAAGUGGGUGAAGCCAUUGAAGAGCCCACGUUGGUGGUUCGCGGAAAUGGAGCUGGACGUGACUGCAAUGCGGCUCCCGAGGACUAUGAAUCGAGCUUCUUCGCAGCGCUUACUACGAACGAAACUGAAGAUCCGGUCGGAGAAGCGAUCGAAGAACCAUUGCUGUUUGUAAUUGGAACGGGCUGUGGUGCUGAAUGCCUGGUGGGCAAUGGCAAAACUGAAGUGACUAGUGAAGCCACUGAAGUGCAAUCAGAGCCCAAAGCAACAUUCUUCUUCGGCGAGCCUGGUUGUCUACAAUUGAGCCCCAUUAAACAGAACCCAAAGCAGGAAACAAAACGAAGUAUAUUCGAUAGUAUAAGCGAGCCAACGGCAGCAACAUCGACUGAAGGUCUAAAAGAGGCAGAAGAAAAAGUUAAUGCAGACAAAAUAGCGUCAGAGAAGACGAAUGGCGAAAGCAAAAAACCCGAAGAGAUAUCUAGUGAGGAAGCUGAGAGAUCUGCUGUUGAUGAACAAAAGGCAGAAGAAAAGCAAAGUAACGGGAAGGAGUUAUCCACAGAAAUGAAAAAAAUACAUCACGAUGAUAAUAAGGACAACGCCGAACUGAAUUUAGAGCUGCCUCAAAGCGAAACUUUAAACACAAAUGAAAACGAAAAGGAAAGUAAAAAAUCAAAGGAAACUGUAAUCUCGAAUGAUCAAGCAAUAGAAGAAAAAGUACAGACAAAUGCAAAAAAUAAAGUAGACAAGAAAGAUGUUGCUGAAGUUUUACCUAGCAUCAGAAAAGAUUUUGUUGAGACGAAGAAUUCAACAGAGAUAGUUAGCGUUAAUACGCCUGAAAAGAUGCUGGAACAAAAGGAGCCUAAAGAAGAAAUUACAAAACAUACUAAGGUUGAAAAAAAAAUUGAAGAAAGUAACGCUAGUGAAGAAUGCACAAAUAGCAAGGCAAAUGAUGCUGUUGAAAAGAAAACCGAAAUUGCACCACGGCACAAUCACGAUGAGAGUAAAGCUAUAAAACCAGAAGAAAAUAUAUGCAGUUCCAAAGACCUCAAGUCUGAGGAGGAUGCACCUAAACUUUCAAAUAAAGACCAAGAAUUAGAAAAAGUAGUCACUGAAUCAGAGAGUGAAGUCAAGUCAGAUGAAUCUCCUAUAUCUGUGCCCACAGAACAUUCAUUAAUUAACAAAUGCGACAAGCAGGCAGAGGCAAAGGAAUCUUCAGCCUUAGAGUCUAUUGCCGAGACCCAGCAGAAACCUGCAGAUGUCAGCGACGAGCUAAAAAAGCAAGCUUCAACACUUACUGCACCCACGCUACCGAUAAAUCGCAAACGCAGACUAACAGAUUUCGCGGCACCUUCUCAACAUCCGCGCCACUCAACAUCCGAGAGCGAGAUCGAGACACAUACUGAGCAAAAUGAGCUACAAGAUCUGGAUGAUGAUAAAAACGAUGAUGAUUUGGAUGUGGGUGGCAAACGCAUCAAAAUGCGACCCAAGAACACGAAUGUUGAUGUACGGCGCAAAGUCGAAGCGCAGAAAACCCAAAUCGAGGAGACAACUUCUUCGAGUGGCGAAGAAGAUGCUCGCAGUCGACGCAAAAUCAUAGCACCCAAGCGACAUUUGACUUGUGUUGAGAAACCGGUUGGAACGGCAAAGUCAUCAAAACCUACCUUGGCUGAGAUCAUUGAAAAGAAGUUAAUGAAAACGCCGGAGAAGCCGACUACGGAACAAGAAUCCAAAGAGAGCACACCUGCAGUAGAGCCCAAAGAAGCGUCCUCCUCAAAAUUUACACCGCCAAAAAAGUCGCCUAUUACAAAGCCGUUAAAGAAGAAUCUACUCACCCAAAUACGUCAGGAGGAGAGCGAUGAGGAAACCAUACCCAGAAAGCGUACGAUCAGCGAGACAGUUCAGCCCAUCAAUACAGUCGUACCAUCUGUGCUGGAAGAUCGACAAACCCCAGAGCGUCAACGCAAGCGGCGCAGUAGUGAGGAAGCAGCGCAAAGUCCACGGCGGGCCUCCAUUACCGAAACUCCAGUAAUUAGUGAAAAACUAAAGCGAAAUAGCCAGGAACAAAUAGUAGAGGAGACAGCUCCUACAUCGUCAGUAAAGGAGACGACGGUAGUAAAGGAAGCAACACAGCAACGGGUGGGGCCUGUGCCAUCGCCUAAGGAAACAACGAAGGUGGCAGCAAAAGUAGACCCACCUGCACAGCCGAAAAAUGCCUCAAUACCUGUAACAUCAGAGAAAGCAGCCACACCGCCACCUGCGAAAAAGGCACAAACGAUUACAACUGCCAAAAAGGAAACCACGCCUCCACCACCACCGUCAAAAAAAGCAGCAACACCUCCACCAGCGAAAAAGGCAACCACAACGCCGCCCGCGAAAAAAGCGACUUCGGCCCCAGCCACAGUUAAAGAAUCAACACCUCCACCAGCGAAAAAGACUACCACAACGCCACCCGCAAAAAAAGAUUGUUCUCCUCCAGCCCCUGUUAAAGAACCAACACCCCCAUUAGAGGCAUCGUCUGCGACAAAUCGGCGUUCCGGAAGACGAGGUGGUGCUGCCGUAGUCUACUCUGAGCUGCCACAGCCAAAGCGCACAAGAGGCGGCAACAAAGCACCCAGUGAGAAGACCAGUCCCGAAGUCAAAAAAGAGCCUAAAGAGGAUGAAAAGAUAACAAAACCAUCUGCCAAAACAAAGUCCCCUGCUGAUAAGGCCAAAGAGCCUAAGACGGAGACGGAGACAGUCAAGCCGGAGAAACCGGCUGAAGUGAAAGAGGAACCAAAAAGUGUGGUUCCCAAGGUUGAAAACGUAGAGCAAAAGAGCAAAGAAACUCCUGCCACGCCCAAAGCAUCAUCCGGAGUGGGGCGUGGACGCGGGCCGCGUAAAAAGCGUGAGGUAGACACCACCAAUAUCAUAGAUUCAACCGAUGCGGAGACGCCUGUGCGCCAAUCGCGUCGCAUAGCGCAGCAAAAGAUUAAGGAGGAAGCAGAACGUCGAAAACUGGAGGAAGUGGCGUUGCGUACCAUGAAGCAAGAGCUGAAGAAGAAAAAGAAGGCCGAAAAAGAGGCUGAUCCCACGGUACUCGAACCUUCCGGCGAGUCCUCGGAGUCAGCAAGCGAAGCCGAAGAAACAAAGAAGAAAACCAAAAAGAAAUGUCCAGGUAAAGAUGGCUGGUCAUCUGAUUCCGAAGAACAAGCUGAUACUGAAUCAGAAGCUGGUUCCCCGCCCCACUAUGAAACCGAUGUGGGCUCACCUUUGUUCAAAUCUGAUCACGAAUUCUCACCCGAAUCCGAACUGGAGGAUGAGUCACAGGUGGUGCCAAUGAAACGGGCACGCACUGUGCGCAAGGAGAACGCCGAGGAAGAAGGUGACGAGGCUGAGCCAUACGAUGCGGACGAGGCGUGCCAGAAAUGCGGCAAAUCCGACCAUCCCGAGUGGAUACUGCUGUGUGAUACUUGCGACAAGGGCUAUCACUGCUCCUGUCUGUCUCCGGUACUUUUUUACAUACCAGAGGGCGACUGGCAUUGUCCGCCUUGCCAGCAAGAGCAGCUCAUAAGCGCUUUAGAGCGUCAACUACAAGAAUUUGACGAGCUAGUCGUGCGCAAGCAAACGGAGAAGCGUCUGGCCGAAGAGGCGUAUCUGUUGGAGCAGCAGCGACGGGCAGAGGAGGAAUUACGUGAGAAAGCGGCGCGUAAAACAAAGCGACGAGAUGGUGAUAGUGACAGCGGCGAUAGUGAGCGUUCAAUGCAUACCAAGAACAAAGGCGGACGCAGUCGCGACGGUAGCGAGGAUAAUGAUGAUACCAUCAGCAAGGCCUCCAAGCGAGCCAAGCAAGCGGAGAAGUCGAAACGCCGCCGUGGCGAUGGGCGCAGCAAUCGUCGCGCUGCAAAGCGUGGUACGCGCCGUCGCAGACGUAACGAUGAUGAUGAAUCGGGCAGUGGUAGUGACUCAGGCAGUGAAAGCCAAUCGGGCAGUGGUUCCGGGAGUCGCUCAAGCAGCUCCAGCUAUUCAGACUCUGAUAAUGAACCCAUAUAUAAGCUGCGCAAGCGUCGCCAGAUUAAUGUUAGCUAUCGUUUGAAUGAAUAUGACGAUCUAAUCAACUCGGCGCUGAAGAAGGAGAUGGAUGAGGUGGCAGGCGCUGGUAAUUUGGGACGUGGCAAGGAUAUUAGCACAAUUAUUGAAGCUGACAAGGAAGAGAAGGCGCGUCUAAAAAAAAUUGAGACGGACGACAAAGAUGAUGAUGUCACUAAGGCUCCUACACAAACAGCACCUCGUAACACUGCUUUAGCAGCCGCUGCUCUAGCUGAUGAAGAGGACACUGAAAGCGAGGAUAAUGAAGUUGAUAACCAGCAGCUUAGAGCCGUCAAGUCGAAGCCCAAACCACCACCGACAAAGAAAAAGUCACGCAAACUCACCACUCUAGAUGUGAGUUCCGAAGAGGAUCACGGCUCCGAUGAAGACUUUAAAACAUCAAGUUUCUCAGACGAUGAGGAUACAUCCAUUUCCGCAUCCGAUGACUCGGACUCGAGUCUGGAAUUAUACAGACGGCGUGGACGCGAUAGUGGCGGACGCGGCAAAAAGCAACGAAAGGCAGCAAGACGAGCGGCACGCGAACGCCGCAAGGAUCGCAAAUUUGUUGUGGAUGAGAGUGAUGAAAGCGAACAGGAACAGCGACCAAAAAGCAAAAAAAAGCGCAAGGAGGACUCAGACUAUACGGAAACCGAAACCGAGACGGAUGAAGACGACAAUGGGUCCGAGUUGUCAGAGAAUAUGGACAGUGCUGAUCUGUGUGAUGAUACCACCAGCGAGAGCGACGACGGUGCUUGGCAGCCAUCCAAGCGCAAAAAGUCUGCUAAAAAACCAUCAAGCAUCGGCAUAGCGCGCAAGUCGCCAAAGCUUAAAAAGCCGCAAACCAAGAAGCCAAAGCGUCUGGAGUAUUCCGAUGAUGACAUCAGCGAGUCAGAGCCAGAAGACGAUGAGGAUGACGAGGACGCUGAAGGCGGUUCUGGAAAGGGUUCGGGUAAAGGUUCUGGCAAACAGCCACGUACGCAGCCACUAAAAGCAUCAACAGCGGGCAAAGGAAAAGGAAAGUCCAAAGCUCCGGCAGCGACUAAGAAAAAGAAGCGACCCUCAUCCGACGAUGAAAGCGAUGGUGGAGGUGGAGCCGGAUCUGACGACAGCACCCGGCGCACACGUGGUCGACGCUAUGCCUAUAUUGAGGACUUUGACGACGACAGCUCCGAUGGCGGCAUAAAACCGGGCGUCAAACGUCCCGACACCCCUCCCGAAGAACGUCAAAAGUUUAUACAAAAACAGGAAGAGAUUAAACGAAUGUUGGCCGAAAAAAAUGCCGAGGGUGCGAAAUUGGCCGCCACCCCGCGUUUAACGCCUAUCAAGGAUACAACGGGCGCCAGUAGCAACACGACGGAGAAACGCACACCUGGGAAGACAAGCGAUUCGCUCUCUACAGUUCCCCUUUCCGUCAUUCGUCAGGCCAAGGUGCUCGACAUUGACUAUUUGCAGCGCAAAGGCGAGACCAUUGGUGAUCUGGACGAUAACAUCGAUGAUGUGGACGAAUCUGAGUUCGACGAUGCCGAUCUGCCCGAUGAUCUGGGCGCAAUGGACAUGGAAGAUGCCAUAGCGCGCAUGGUUGACGAUGAGGAGCAGUUCAGUGCGGCGGCAGCACGCGAACUUCCCGCACCUGACGAAGUGCUGCGCACAACACCCUCCAAAUCAAAAGUCCCCAAGCCUGAAGAAGCGCCCAAACCCCAAGUCCCAGCGGUCUCUGCCUCAGGCUUGCAGGAGCCUCUACGCAAGCGCCUUCCCAUGCCAACCUUACAACCACCACUACUGCGGCAUCAAUUUCCAUUGCAACCAUCACUGCAGCAACAACAACAUCACCAAUCGCCACACCCACAUCCCAUGCAUCCAAUGCUGCAACGCGAUUUAACUGCCGCUCCCCCAGCCAUGCAGUUGCUUCAGAGUGCAUUGUCCACCCCCUUCGGACAGCCACUUAAUCGACCUAGUUACGCAUCACCAACUGUGCCGUCUUCACAACACCAACUAUCCGCCAUGCAACGUGUACCGCUCAGCAUGAGCAUGCCCCCUGCCCAUUUAAUGAAUGCAGCUGUUUCCAUGCGUCCGCCCACAGCCGCCGCAGCAGCGGCUGGCGCACCAACUAGCGAUCCAGCGGGUGAGGCAAAGCCACGCGGUCGGCGAAAAAAGGUAACCCCAUUGCGAGAUCAGCUGCAAAAGCAACAAACCGCCGCAGCCGUUACCGCCGCCACAACAACUACAGCGUCUCCGAUCGAGAAACCUGCCCACUCCAAAGCUUCCUCGUCAACCGCCCCGACCCAAGUGAGCAUUACGACCACCGCACAGUCGCAGCUCUUCAAGCCACAUGAAAAUGCGGCCGCCACUGCCGCCGCUCAGGCAUCCGUCAUCACACGCAUGCCGCAUCUACCGCCGCAUGUCCGCGGUCCGCCUGCCAGCAUGUAUCCGGCCAGCGCUGAACUACAUGCGCGCUUUUACGGACAACCACUGCCCCCCAACUCCAGCGGCACACGUUCACCUUCUUCUGUGCCCCGUCAUCUGCUGCGGCCACAAAUGCCGCCCGGCCUACAGCCGCCCCCGCACAGCGCUCUGCGACCUACAUACGGGCCGCCGCCGCCAUUGCGUGGCGCUCCACAACCCCAAACAUCAGCCACGCCGCCCAAUACACGACCACCCUACAUGCACGGUCCGGAGCACCAUGCUGGUGCUGGACCCACAACUGCAAACACUGGCGUUUAUGGCGCUGGUCCGCCACCGGCACGGCAUGCCUCACCACAUAUAAACCCCUACAGAGGUCCGCCCGUUUAUGGUAAUCCUAACUAUCCGCCACGAGCGGCACCGCCAGGGGCUACAAAUAUGCGACCCGGUGUUGUGGAUUUUGCUGCAGGCACACGCGGUUAUCCACCCUUUGGGUAUUAUCCACCACCGCCUCCACUAGGCACACCGCCCGCCCUUGGAGCACCUAGUUCGGUAAUUGUCAGUGCGCCACCAGCCACGCCCACUAAUCAUUCGGUCUCAGCCCUGACGCGUGGCAAAUCACCAGCCCCGACACCCGCCAUGGAUGCCUCGCACAAAUCUUCGGUGAUUACCAGUAAGAAACUGACCACCCUUGAGGGUUAUACCAGCGCCAAAUCACCGCUGGCCGUGGUCGCUGAAGCCUCGGGCUCGCCGGUUCCAGCAGCUGAGGAGGAUUCAAGCUCGGCCCAUGGUAGUGGAGGGGCAGUUGGUGCUGGCGUAGCAAACAGCACCGGCGUUGGUGCCGGCAUCGGUGAAUUUAGCGGACUGGUGAGCUACUUUAGCUCCCAGCAGGACGAUUAUGACACAUAACAAACGCCGCUGGCAGCCUAAAUUUGUAUAUAUGUAGUUGAUAUAAAUGUAUGUAUGUAUAGGGUAUGUAAUGUCCUAGCUAACUGUACUACUAUACAGUAUUUGGGGGAGCGACAUCCAAACUUUAGGCCACUUAUUGGAAAUUUCGCAAACCCACACAACACACACACACACCAUAACGCAAUGCAUAUGCAUAUAGAAAUGUAACAAAUUUAAGAUUUAUUUUGUUAGUUUAUUCUAAAUUUAUUGCAACUAAAUUCAUGCUAAAUUAAACUUAUUUAUUACACUAAAUAUCUUAACUAUGUAAGCAUGUAUGUACAGCAAAUUGAUUAACUGAAGGAUGACAGACGACAAAACGAACAAUGAUUAGAAUGACAAAGUUUGUACAAACUGUGAAAUUAGUUAAAAUUUGUGCGCAGGCGGGCAAACAAUUUGCACACAAGUUUGUCAAACCUUUUAAUUAUGCUUGAAAUAUUUGUAUUUCAAUCAAAAGCAGAUUGAAAAUGGGAAAAUCUCUAUUUGAUUUGCUGUUUAAGGCCUGCUAGGAUUUUGUCUGUCUGACCAUAGCUAAACGCAAAUUCCGGUUUUCUCGGCCUGUACACGACUUGAAGUUUUCUUAAUGUUUGUGCAAUUAUUGAGUUCAUUUAAGAUGGUGUUGUUGAAUUUAUUUGUAUACCCUGUACCCAUAUAUGGAAUGAUUUUAGAAAGCUAGAUUAAUCCCUGGUCAGCAUCACGAGACAAAUCGAUAGAUAUGGAAAUAUCCAUUUGUCAUUUCAUUCAACAAUUGUAUAUCUUGAAUACUACUUGGUAUACAAAAUAACACAUAAACAGCUUUCAGGCUAUCUUAAGAUAAGAGUGUUUGUUCAUAGAGUCAAAGAAAAUUAAAUGUAUAUCUUAAGAUAAAAACAAAUAAUUACUCCCAUAAAACAAAUACAAUUUCUUGAGAUUUAAAAAGCAAACCAAAUUUGUCUCAUGAACUAUACAGAGAUAAUGAAGUUCUCAAAAGUUAAAAUAACCUUUUUAAAAAUCACACAACCCCCAAUAGAACAAACGUUCUGAGAAAGGACUUAACAAACAAUUAAUUUAUCUAAAUCUACCUAUACCUUAAGUUACAUUUCGACAAUUCAAAAAAUUAACCAAAUGGGUACAGGGGCUAUUCCAUAGAUUCGACUUGUUACAGUUAUUCAGUUACAAUUGUAUUGUCAAAGUCUCUGUUAGUUCUAUAAAGCAGCGAACAUUGUGUGUUUAAUUUUUGAUGAGAAAUGCGAUACAUACCAAUAAAAUAGAAGAAACAAAAAGAUCAAA